UAACUAGGCAGAGACAUAGUUCUGUAAGACCAAAAUGAGUUCAAGAGAGCUAUGUACUUUUUUGUUCACUUUGGUUUUGAUAUCAUGUAGGUUUAAUAGAGUGGAAGCUCAGCUUCAAGUAGGGUACUAUACACAGUCAUGUUGGAUGGCAGAGUUCAUUGUUAAGAAUGAGGUUCGAAAUGCUUUCAUUAGGGACAGGGGACUUGCUGCUGGUUUAGUCAGAUUACAUUUUCAUGACUGUUUUGUUAGGGGCUGUGAUGCAUCUGUCCUCAUAGACUCUACUCCUGCAAACUCAGCAGAGAAGGAUUCUCCAGCCAACAAUCCUAGUCUUCGAGGAUUUGAGGUUAUUGAUAGAGCAAAGGCUAUGCUUGAAAGUACAUGUAAAGGGGUGGUCUCAUGUGCAGAUAUACUUGCAUUUGCAGCUAGGGAUAGCAUUGAGAUAACGGGAGGACUUGGCUAUGAUGUACCAGCUGGGAGAAAGGAUGGCAGAAUUUCAAGAGCUUCAGAGGCAUCUGCUAACCUACCGCCCCCAACAAGUGACGUCGACCAACUCACUCAGUCCUUUGCAAACAAAGGACUAACACAACAAGAAAUGGUUACAUUAUCUGGUGCACACACCAUUGGUCGCUCUCAUUGCCCUUCGUUCAGUAACAGACUGUACAGUUACAACACGACAACAGUGCAGGACCCGAGCCUAGAUUUGUCAUAUGCAGGGCGGCUAAAGCAGCAAUGUCCAGAGGGAAGUACAAAUGCUAAUUUGGUGGUACCAAUAAACCCUUCCAGCCCUGCAACAACUGAUGUAGAUUACUACACAGAUGUUCUUGCUAAUCGAGGGUUGCAUACCUCAGACCAAACCCUCUUGACAAAUGCAGCAACAGCUAAACAAGUUGCUCAAAAUGCAAUGAACCCCACGCUCUGGAGAAGCAAGUUUGCUGCUGCAAUGGUGAGGAUGGGCCAGAUUGGUGUACUCACUGGCUCUGCCACAGGGGAAAUUAGAACAAAUUGUAGGGUCAUUAAUUGAGAGAGUACCUGGUCUUCUGUUUAAUAUUUUCUCAUGUUUUAAGAGGGAUCCAUAUAAGCAAUUCCCACUGUACUUUUAUAAGUUCGACUGUCUUGCCUAGAGCUUCGAAGGGGCCUGGACAGAUGCGUGUGUAUCUUAAUUGGAGACUAAGUAUCCUAAAUGGAGACUAAGUAUUGUCACAUAUUACAUACUAUAUGCUUACUAAAAAUUGUGAGUUCAAAGUAAUUUUAUCAUCCAAA